GCUUUGCAAUUUUCCGCCCUGCCCGCCCUGCCCAUUAUGAAGGUGCUCAUACUUGCUGCAGGUUAUGGGACAAGAUUAGCUAGAGAUUUAGAGCAGUCCGACCAAUAUCAAGAGCUCAGAGGUCUCCCAAAGCCACUGCUGCCCAUCGGCGGAAUUCCACUAAUAUCUAGAUGGAUGAAAUUAUUGGAAGCUUGCCCUCAGACUUUUGGCUGUGAAGUGUUUGUGGUAGUCAAUAAUAGUAAUCAGGAGUACUUUAAUAGAUGGUCAAAAGACUACCCCCGGGUCCAGCUAGUGAGUGAUGGUACCAAAUGCAAUGAGGAGAGGCUGGGAGCUGUUGCUUGUAUCGGUCUAGCUGUGAGACAUUUCAAAAUCAAUGACGAUCUAAUUGUUAUUGGGGGUGACACUUUAUUUUUUGAUGACUUCAGUCUAUCUGAGAUGGUUAAACGUUUCAAGGGGCCAGCAAUGCAAGAGGGUGGUACAUUGGUUACCUGCUGCACGUGCAAAGAUGAAGAGACUACAAAGUUUGGUAUUCUUGAAGUUAAUGAGAUGGGAAGAGCUACGUCAUUUCUAGAAAAACCAUUGCCAACAGAAACUUCAUCUCGCUAUUCAUGCCCUUGCUUUUACAUGUUUUCUGCUCCUGUUUUACAAUUGAUCGAGACAUUUUUAGAAGAACAUAAAGAUGCACCAUUAAUUAAAAAAGAUGCUCCUGGUAAUUUUAUUAAAUAUGUAGUUCCAAGAGCUCCGAUGUACACAUUUCCAGUUUCUGGUCGAUACGAUGUUGGCAAUCUUUCAGCUUAUAUUGAAUGUGACAGUCAUUUUAAACAGUGAAAGUGCUAUAAUUAUUUAUUUAACUUUCAGAAAAAAAUAAUUAAUUUUUGUUGA